AUGUCGAGCGGCGAAGAGGGAUCAAAGCCGGUCGUCUGCACGUUUCGAAAAGCCGGCAAGAAGAGGGCACAAACGCGACAACGAGCCGAAGAACCAAAAAGGGAGGACAGCGAUAGAAGUAACGAUGAAGAUGAGUCUGUGCGAGAGAUUGCUGCUGCAAAGAAGCGACGUCAAAACCCAAUGAUACAAUCGACAAAACGAGAAAAGAGCAAGACGGCCAGAAAAGUAGACGCAUCAUCGUCAGACGAUUCAGAGGGCGGUGGUGUACUCCCCGAUCUUGCUUUCAAGUCAACCGGAGAGACUUUACCUAUGGGUCCAAAAGAUAUGGGAGCCACGGCGACACUGGAAAUCGACACGGAUAUUGCGAACGACGCCCAGUCUCAAUUUGAACGUGUUCAGAAGCAAUUGGAUGAAGGAUUGACAAAAGAUGGAAAAACUAUUUACAAGGGUGCUGCGAUGUAUGGAGCAAGAAAAGCUGAAGACACGAUAAAAGGAAGUGCUAGUUCAGGUUUGAAUCGCAUUGGUCCCAUUCGAGCCCCUCAAUUUGUGCGACAAACGGUCCUGUGGGACUACAAGCCGGAUCUCUGCAAGGAUUAUAAAGAAACCGGCUACUGUACUUUUGGAGAUUCGUGUAAGUUCAUGCACGAUCGUACCGACUACAAACAUGGUUGGGAGAUCGAUCGGGAUUAUGAGGCUAGUUUGAAACAAAAGAAAGAAGAGGAGAACUACGAGAUUUCUUCGGAAGAGGAAGACAAUUUGCCAGACGAGUGCCAAAUUUGCCGCGAGCCUUUUGUAAGCCCAGUCGUCACAAAAUGUAAACACUACUUUUGCGAGGGAUGUGCGAUUGAAGCCUUCAAGAAGUCGAAAAAAUGCUAUGUAUGCAACGAAAACUUUGGAGGAGUGUUCAAUCCAGCCAGAGAUAUAAUGGCUAAAAUGGCAGAAGCGAAACCUUCGUCAAGCAAAGCGGGAGCUAAGGUCAACGAGAAAGGAGAUGAAGAACAAGAGGACCAAGAAAGCAGCGGCCCUGAAAGUGAAGCUGGCGAGGAACUGAUCGAGGACACUCCAAUGGAACUUUUGCCCGAUGAGCCCGAUGAUGGAGAGGAUGAAAAGGAACCCGAAGAAGGCCUUCAAUAUGAUGAUCGCUUUGAGCCCGAUUGGGAUGAUCGACCAAAGAAAAAGAAAGUCGAAGAGGAAACACCCAAAGUCGAUGAUGACCAAGAAGCAAGCACAGAUGAUGGAGAGGAAAAA